AAUCAAGAUGUCCGUUUCCCUCUCGACUGAGGAUGUAGUGAACAGAGUGGCUGCUAAACCUUCCCUCAAAUUCCUUUCAAUUGUGGUUGGAAUCAUGUCCUUCCAGAUAAUGAAGGCUAUGGUAGCGUACUUCCCCAACCUUGGUGGGUAUAUACCGUAUGAAGAGUGGAGAUGUGUUGUGGGGAGCAUGACUUGUUACGAGAGAGUCAGCUUGUUCAAGAUACAGGAUUACAAAGCAUGGCCAGAUAAUAAAAUGGUUGAAUUGGAUGACCGUUGUAUGAUUACAGUAUCCAACAUUGAUACCAAACAAGCUACACUACAUCUUCACGGGCACUCUGGUAACGAUAUAGGAUCGAUUAACAUACAGAGAAAAUCUGAGAAUCUUGUUAUCAGCAUCUCCUCAAACUCUAGUUGUGAUGAUCAGAAAAAGGAACUGUGUGAGAAGGAGAUAAAAGGUAAAAUAAUGGACCUCGACACUCUGGAGUGCACCUUACAGUUUGCAGGAACUAAAACCUCUGAAGAUAGAACCACUUUGACCUGCAAUGGUGUCAGGUUUGAUCUGAAUUCUGAGUUGGAUGAUGGAGAAGUCUACUCUCUGAUAGAUGCUGUACAAACUGUAAGGUUCAUAUCUGUUGAGGGGGAAGGAGAAUAUCAGCUUAACUGUCCUGACCUUAAACAAUACAACAAAAAGAACCUAUGCGGCCCCAGCUCUGGUCUAAAAGAGCUGCUCUUAGACACCGAUUUCCACUGGCACACGAAAGGUCGGUCAUCGUUUGCGGUGGAUUGGAAUUUACAUUGCGGCGGAGAGUUUCUCAGGUCACUGCUGGGAUCGGUCUUCUUCGGAGGGGCCCUUCUUGGGACUUUUAUAGGCGGGAACUUGUUUGAUAUGAUCGGUCGAAAGCUGGGGGCCUUGGUAGGCUACGGUAUUGUUACAGUGUCAACCCUUAUAGCUGCGUUCUCUCCUUCAAUAGAAUUCUUGUUUGUAUGCCGCUUCUUUCAAGGAGCGGGUGUUUACAUUGGAUCAACAGGAGGUUUUGUAUUAUUGCUGGAGUACACAGCCUCUAAAUACAGACUUCAAGCCAACGUUGGUGUUCAGUUGGCAUUCGGAGUAGGGUAUCUCGUCAACACUUUCUUUGCCUACUUCAUCAAGGAUUGGCACUGGCUGGUAGCAGUUGAUGGAAUAUUGUUUGUGCUGGCUGUUAUUCCCCUGUUAUUGAUGCCGGAUUCUCCGAGGUACUUCCUCGUCAAUAAAAGAGACGAGGAAAAAGCAAAAGAGAGUCUCAAAUGGUUGGCAAAGAUCAAUGGGAGUGAUUUUGAUAUUGAUACAGUCAUAUUAAACGACGUUGAGUUGACAGCCGAAAAGACCCAAGCACCAGAGCCAACAUUUUUAGAGGCGAUGAAAGAUUUUAUGAAGUACAAAGAACUACUAGUCCAACUGGGGAUACAGAUGUGGUUGUGGCUGGUGGCAGGCUUCCUCUACUACGGCUUCAGCUUCAGCUGGUCAGAGUUGGGUAACAACAUCUACAUCAGUUACCUGUUCGCGGCUGUUGGAGAGAUUAUCGCAUAUUUGGGUAUGGGAUUCCCUUUUAGUUGA